AGUCUCUCAAAUAAAGCACUAAAGAGGAGAGAAGUUUUUAAAGGAGUCUGGGCAUUAGAUGUGUGGCACAAGUUACACGGGUCGGUUAUUGGGUAGUUGAAGUGAUUGGAUCCAUUUGUAAGGAUGAAUUUUCACUGCUUGACUCUUCUAGUUCUGUCACUCUCAGCAACCAACACACAGGCCUUAUGGAGGGUAAAACUGAAGAAAAUGCCAUCCAUACGAGAAACCAUCAAGGAGAUGGGUGUCACCACAGCUCAAGUGUUUUCUGAGAUUAUGCCGAAAUAUGAUGAACCAUCGCCCACUAACGGCACAGCUCCAACACCUCUGAUCAACUACUUAGAUACUCAAUACUUUGGCGAGAUUAGUAUUGGUUCACCAGCUCAGAUGUUCAAUGUUGUGUUCGACACAGGCUCUGCCAACCUCUGGGUUCCCUCACAUAGUUGUUCUCCAUUAUACACAGCCUGCUUCACACACAACAGGUACGAUGCUUCAAAAUCCCUCACGCAUAUCUACAACGGCACAGGAUUCUCCAUCCAGUACGCUUCUGGAAACGUCCGGGGAUUUCUGAGCGAGGACGUGGUUGUAGUGGGUGGUAUACCAGUGGUGCAGGUUUUUGCAGAGGCCACAGCUCUUCCUGCGAUCCCGUUCAUCUUUGCCAAGUUCGACGGAGUGUUAGGGAUGGGCUAUCCAGAUGCAGCCAUUGAUGGAAUUACACCUGUGUUUGAUCGCAUUAUGUCUCAACAUGUUCUAAAAGAGAAUGUUUUCUCUGUGUACUACAGCAGGGACCCAACACACAUCCCUGGUGGAGAGCUGGUGCUGGGGGGCACAGACCCAAAUUACCACACUGGAUCUUUCCAUUACAUGAAAACCAAAGAGAAAGGCAAGUGGGAGGUCAUCAUGAAGGGAGUGUCUGUGGGGGCAGAUAUGCUGUUUUGCAUGGACGGCUGUUCUGCUGUGAUUGAUACAGGCUCCUCCUACAUCACAGGCCCCGCCUCCUCCAUUUCCAUUCUGAUGAAAACAAUCGGGGCCGUUGAACUGGCAGAAGGAGGGUAUACUGUGAGCUGUAAUCUGGUCAAGUUGCUGCCCACUGUGGCUUUUCAUCUUGGUGGUCAGGAAUAUUCUCUUACAGAUGAGGACUAUAUUCUCUGGCAGUCAGAGUUCGGGGAGGAUAUCUGCACUGUGACGUUCAAAGCAUUGGAUGUGCCGCCCCCUACUGGUCCCAUCUGGAUACUGGGAGCAAACUUCAUAGCUCGAUACUAUACAGAGUUUGAUCGGGGAAACAAUCGCAUUGGCUUUGCUCGAGCAGUCUGACAAAAAAACUUGGUUUUCUACUAUACUAAUAUUAUUGCUAUUACAUGUACACAACACAUAGACUUGAUCUGUCACAUCAUAGACUUUAGCAUACUUUAAAAAAGGUACUUAUUAUGAUAAUAAUAUCAUUUAAAAGAACACAAAAUGAAUUUAAUGUGUUGCGGACUCACACUUGCAAAUUCAUUUACAAUUAAAUUAGAAUUUAGUAAAGUUUCAAUUUUUAAUAAAUGCAAUUGGUUGAACUUAAAUGUAUUUUGUUGAUGCACAAGUAUAGGUUCUAACUAUAAGCAAUUUCAUAAUUGUCUUUUAAAUGUAGUGUACUGCUGAAAGCAUUUAUGGUAAACUAAACUUUCGAUUGACAUUUGUAUGUCAUGUGUUUAAUUCUAUUUGUAAUUGCACUUUUGUAAUGAUGAAGUUGCAUUUACGACAUUUAAAAUAUAUUAAUUUUAAAUGUAAUGUCAAAUGACUAGUUCAAAUUUUAAUCAAGAAUUUUACAUGUGCUUUAUGUUAAUCAACACACCUUGUGAUUAAUAAAACAUAAUGAUUUAAAUUGUACUUAAGUUAAAACUUUUACAUUGACAUUAUUACAACGUGCACGUGUACUUAAAGUGUUUUACGAAACAUAGUCAUGAAAGUGUACUCGCCUUUUAUUUCGUUUUAGGUUUUGACUUUUAAGUAAUACACUACAAGUGCACAUUCAAUAAAAUUAAGCACACUUCUUUUUUUACAAGGGUUCACAAAAUCUGAUUUUAAUAGGUUCAGCAGGCUGUUCUUAGAUCAGCAAAUGUGUUUUCCUUUGUCAGAAGUGUCUUGCAACACCAGACUGAAUGGGUUUAAAAUGUUUCCUUACUCAGACAGAGAGAGAGAAAAAAAAAAAGCAAUGCUGAACUCUCUUAAGCAACACUUUGUGGGUUGUAUUGACCAUGACAUUUGGUUUUAGUUGAAUGUGUAUUAAUAGCUUUGAAAAAAUGAGGAACUCAAGAAGACACACCCUUUGGACUUCUGCACCAAAUAAAAGUUAUUCAAUUGUAGUUAUAUAAAAUAUAUUUUUAGUUAGACAAAACAAAUAAUCUGUUCAUGACUGCUUCAUGAUAUCGUGAUUGCUAGAAAUUAUCCAAGCAAUCCACUUGCAUCCAGAUUUUCCAUUACUACAAUCACCUUGCACAAAAGACUGCACAUUAUAUUUUUGUUGCUUUAAUAUAUAAUUAUAAAAAGAUGCAGUAUGAACUAGUUUCACAUGUUAACAUUAGUAUUCUACAAUGUGUGAAUAAUGUGAACACUCAACAAACCAAAACCAACUGGAAUGUUUUUAGUUGGCAACACUUCUUUCACCUCUCAGAACAUCACAAUCCAAAACACACACAUAUGAGGCGCACAUGAGGCAAAUCAGAGGUCUGGAUGGAUGGAGAUAAAUGCGUAAUAUCUCUUAAAAUGUUUAUCACUAUUGACCAUCCCCAUUUUCUGUCCCGUUAUGUACUCUGGAAGCUCUUACAAAACCGCAGGACUGAUGAACAGCCGUGCAACAUCUUCAUUGCUCUGGGGCGCAUAUCCAAAUAAACACAGACUGAAGACAUUCCCUGGUUCUUAUGUUUUUAAUGUUUUUGUCUCUCUGUCAAGGUCUGUGCGUGUUUAGAAACUUGCUUGUGUUUCAGCGUUUCUUUUGAGAAAGGUUGUGAAAUGGAAUGCGAGAUGUGAUCUCCCGCUGUUACAGUCACGCUGAAGACGCCUUCCUCAGCAGGAGCUACAGAUUUUUAUCACUAUCUUUUCUCCUUUUCUCUUCCUUUCUCCCUCCAUUCGUGCCACACAUUCUUUAGCUGGUUUGAAGUGUUUAUCAUCACUGCUGUUUAGUUUUGAAAGAGCUAUAACAGAUGUUCACAUCAUACUGUAUACCUAUUUUAUUGGAUUAAAUGUUACAUUUAAAAUUUGGUUUCAAAA